AUGCUGAGCCAUACCGGCUCGCCCUACGCUUCCUCUUCGGGGACAGCGACGACCGAUAUCUUGCCAAUGUCUGUUGGAACAAAGCGCAAACAUAUCACGCCCACGCGCCGCGACGAGGACAUGGUUUCAGCGUCAGCGCGCAUAGACAGGAAUCUGCCCGGGUCAUACACUCCCUCUGAGAUGGUCAAGGAUGCUGGCCUUCGACAACUGGUGUCCCAAUGCGCCACGAGCAGACCACACUUGCGAGCGUUGGGUUAUGCCUUCACAAAGCUCCCGUGGGCUUCAUCUGUGCUUCUCUCUGAUACGUCGAUUAUCGACUACAUCUCUGGUCUUGUCCCAGUAGACGAUUCACAAUCGCCACUUGCGACUUUGGCGGAAUCGUUAGAUCAUUACGAGCGGGAGGACGUUUACAGGAACUUCGAAGACGCCAUGUGCACUUUCAGGAUCUUGGGUCUUGAAGAAGAGGGCGCUGUGCGGCCCGGAGCGCACGAGUUUGGCAAGAACUUCCAGAACUUCAAAGGAACCCGGAGCGUUAUCACAACGCACAAGAUGUACUUCAUUUAUCAAGCAUUGGACGUUCUCUGUGGAUCGAUCGGCGCGUCUUGUGUACCACGCAACAAGCUCGUCGCGAAGUCAUCGACCGUGGGCGACUUCGUAAAAUCGACCUUCAAAGGAGCAGUGAAGAGUGUGAUGGAGGAUUGGUAUGCGACGGUGAACAAGACCGUGGAGGCCAUUUUGGCCACCGAAAGUGAUGAUCCCCAACCCGUCCCUCUGAUCGAUUGGAAUCGUCCAGACGUCACACUGCCGACUUGUCGGCAGAUCAAGGACGCGGUGAUGAACCUGAGCUUCGUAUGCAGUAACAGGGUCGACACCAAAUCAAAUGCCGCUGACGUGAAUGCCCAAACCGUUGCUUUCAGUCUGGCUUAUCUGCUUGAACAAUGCAACGUUGCUGGUAAACUUUCGGAGGUGGAACUCUUGAACCUCAAGGGUGAUCAUUGCGGAGGGGACGUCAACGUCGCACGAGGAAUCUGGAUUAUGCAUGUCCUGGCGUUCUUCGUAUCGCCUAUCUUUGUCUUGUCCGGAGGUCAGAUUUCUAAAGUUGCAAAGAUGACCUCGAUCGUUCAUAUCUGGGAGCUGUGGAGACAGCUUGGCAACGCUGAACGUCCAGCCGUGCUGGCACAUACGGAGAAACAGAUGCUCGCCAUCAUCUUCGCCAUCAUCCGUGGAGCUGAUGCGAACACAUGUCUUCGUUCGUUCGCGCAAUGGUGGGCGACCGGUGAGCGUUCCGAGAAGAAGUACAUUCCGGCGUCGUUUUGGUUCGUGACGGGUCCGUCUCGGGUGUAUGAGCGACCAGCCCGAACGUCAACGAGUCUUGCAACGCCCAGUCAGGUGUCAUACAAGUUGGACAGAGUCAGCAUGUCGCCUGUACAGCAAAUGGCGGCUCUUCUUCCGGCGCCCGAGAAUACUGCUCACCUUGAGGAGCGUCCAUACAAGAGACAGAAAAGGGCCCACGAAGAGCCUCCCACACAGACUCAACCAGACUCUUCGAGAUUUACGCCGGCCCCGGGUAUCAGCAGGAUCGAGACCCUCGGCGAGCACGUGAACUGGCUACUGGAAGAGAAGAAGGGCCUUGAGCAGAGGGUUCAGAAGACAGAGUCAGAGGUCGUCGCAGUGCGUCAAGCCAAGUCCGCCGGCGAGGCUCAGAUGCUUGCCCGAUGCCUUGCCUUGCUCGACGGGGAAGUUGAACGGGCUGGUGUGAAAGAUCUACAUGGUGUGCUGGGCGCUCUCAAGAACUUUCACAAGCGGCUCCGCUCCGAAGCUGCCAGGGCGAAGCAAGACGUCGAGAUCUAUCGCAAGCGCGCAGUCGAGGCAUUUGGCAAAACGAGAGAGAGCGAACAGAAACUCGUGCGAUCGCAUUCCCAAAUGAAGGAACUGGAGAAACGGUUGGAGGACCGCAAUAAGGCGGAGCAAGAGAUGAUCGAUAGGAUUAAGACGUCGAAGUCGCCUGUGAAAGGUAGACAGGCGUGA